UAUGACUACAUAUGUUUUUAUUUUAUUUCUUGGUUAUUUUAAGAAUAUCUACAAUUCUUUUGAUAUAAUAUAUGAAGUACUUACAGAUAUUGAAAAAAAAUAUUUCGACUAUUAUGAAAAUGGAAGCAGCAGCAGCAGUGAAUCUUGAAAAAAAAUGUAUAAAAGAAGGCAAAGCCGAAAUUCGUUUGACUACUGAAAAGGUCUUCUACAACCCUGUACAGGAAUUCAACAGAGAUUUGAGUAUAGCUGUGUUAAGUGUGUUCACUCAAGAUUAUAAAGCGGAAAAGAUUGCUAGAGGAAGAAAAAAUGCAAAAAAUUCAGCCGAAAAUAUAGUUGAAGACACAGCAGGAACCGGAGGUAAUAUAGAGGUUCCAGUAACAAUUCUGGAGGCUUUAUCUGCAACUGGGCUUAGAAGUAUCAGAUAUGCAAAAGAAAUACCAAAUAUAACUAAAAUUCUAGCCAAUGAUCUUUCCGAGCAAGCUGUUGAAACAAUAAAGGCUAAUAUAGUUCAUAAUGGAGUGGAAUCAUUGAUUGAUACUAGCCACGAUGAUGCUUGCAUGCUCAUGUAUAAACACAAGCAUCCAGCAAAAAGGUUUGCAGCCAUUGAUUUAGACCCAUAUGGCUGUCCAUCUAUAUUCCUCGACUCUGCUGUCCAGAGUGUUCAAGAUGGCGGCCUUUUACUUGUGACAGCAACUGACAUGGCCGUUUUGGCGGGAAAUUCGCCAGAGACCUGUUACAGCAAAUAUGGUGCUAUUAGUCUUAAAACAAAAUGUUGUCACGAAAUGGCUUUGAGAAUUCUAUUACAGUGCAUAGAGCAACAUGCAAACAGAUACAGCCGGUAUAUAGUACCGUUAUUAAGUAUAUCGGCAGAUUUUUACAUAAGAGUAUUUGUUAAGAUUUAUUCUGGUGCUAUACACUGCAAGAAAACUACAAGUAAAUUGUCUAUGGUAUACCACUGCGUGGGCUGCGACAAUACGGUGCUGCAACCGCUUGGAGGAUUUAAGCCUAAUCCAACUGAAAAGAAUCCAGACCAAACAAAGGCUUUCCUCCCCCCAGCGCCGUCUGUCAGGGAACAUUGUGAGCACUGUAACCAACGGCAUCGAUUGGGUGGUCCUAUUUGGUCGGCACCUAUACAUGAUGAGCUCUUUGUCACCCGGGUCCUGAGUCACGUGGAAGACAAUCCUCAGCUAUUUGGAACGGCCAAGCGUAUACAGGGAAUUCUUUCGAUGGUCAGAGAGGAACUACCGGACGUUCCACUUUACUAUACACUUGAUAAGAUAUUCGGGACAGUACAUUUGGAGACGAUGCCAAUGUUGGUUAUGAGUCGUAUACGAGCCGCGCUGGCGCAGGUCGGCGCUGCUGAACGCGGGCCACCGCGUGUCGUACUCGCACGCGGCGCGCCUGUCCGUCAAGACCAGCGCGCCCGCGCGCGCCGUGUGGGACGUCGUGCGGCACUGGCGCCGCCUGCGCGCCGCCGCCGGCCACAAGAUAGAAUCGGAUCCUGUCGCCAAGUACAUCCUGAGCCAGGAGGUGUCGAGCGCGGUGGAGCUGAGCGAGCGGCCGGACGCCAACCCCAGCAGCCGGCGCCACGGGCGGCUGCGCUUCCAGUUCAACCCCGCGCCGCACUGGGGGCCCGGCGCGCGCGCCGCCGUCAACUCCGGUGAAGAAAAAAUGUCUAAAGCAAUACGCAAUCAAAACAAAAAGAGCAAGGGUAAGCGAAACGAUAAACGCGGUCAUUCACCUGAGGAUGAGGAUUCGCGAAAAAAAUGUAACCCCGACACUGUCGCGACAGCUGUGUAAAUAAUUUAUAAGAACAUUUUGCUUGACUUAUUGUUAGUCAUGUUUAUGAUAAUAAGAAGUUAUAUUGAAUAUUAAAAAAUAUAACCCAGAA